AUGCUCAAACUUUUCUGCGCCGCUCUGCCACUUGUGGCCAGAGUUGCUCUGGCUGCUCCUACUGUUGCUGAAAGAUGUCAAGACCCAGAGCAGCACGCCGUGCCUCUUUCUUCGCUAGCAUCGAGUGGACCAGCUGCUUCUCUGCCAUUCGGCUCGGAGCCGCUCCAUAACGGACCCGUCGUCUUGGAGACUUUUCCUCCGCAGUCAUCACAACCAGAGCUAUCGGCUCCGAAGACGUUCGAUCUAGGAUCAGAUACGGAACCGCCUACGUCGCCACUUUCAACUCCAUGGCAGGGCAGUCAAACUGCAGGGCCGUCUUCUCCUUCGGCUUCGUGUGAUCAACAGGGCUCCGGAAACAGACCAUAUGGGAAGAAGAAGAAUGUUGUGUAUUUUACAGACUGGAGCAUUUACGGCGCAGGCUUUCUGCCUCAAAAUCUCCCCGCGCAGGAGAUUACGCAUUUAUUGUACGCGUUUGCUGGAAUAGGCAGCGAUGGCUCUGUCAUCUCGAUUGAUACUUGGGGCGACGAGCAAAAGCGUUUCGGCGCCAACCAAAGUUGGGACGAAUCCGCAAACAACGUCCACGGUGCUAUCGAACAGGUGUUCCUGCUAAAGAAGCAGCACCGCCAUAUGAAGACUCUGCUUUCUAUCGGCGGCUGGACCGCGUCGCAACAAGGCAAAUUUGACCCUGCUCUCAGUUCGGAAGCUGGCCGACGCCAGUUCGCUCGGACCGCUGUUGAACUUCUCGCUCGCUGGGGAUUCGAUGGUAUUGAUAUCGACUACGAAUACCCCCUUUCUCAACAAGAGUCGCAAAAUUUUGUAUAUCUGCUCGGAGAGUGUCGAGAAGCUUUGGACGCAUACGCAGAGCGCAAUGGCCAAAAUUAUCACUACCUUCUCACUGUCGCGACGCCUGCUGGCCCUCAGCACUAUGGCAUUCUGGACAUGCCGGCAAUGGACCAAUAUGUCGAUUCCUGGCAUCUCAUGGCCUACGAUUACGCUGGCAGCUGGGACAACACCUCGGGAAAUCAAGCCAACGUCUUCGCCGACCCUCACAAUCCUACCAGCACCAAGUUCAACUCCAAUGAUGCAGUGGAUGGCUACCUUGCCAACGGAAUUGAUCCUAGCAAGAUCAUUUUCGGCCUUCCUCUCUACGGCCGCUCAUUCAUGAACACUCAAGGCCUUGGCCAGCCCUACCAGGGCUUGGGACAGGGUUCCAUUGAGCAGGGUGUCUGGCUGUAUCGCGACCUGCCACGGCCUGGCUCAGACGUCUACAUCAAUAGUAGAAUCAUCGCAGCAUACUGUUAUGAUGAAGCAACAAAAGAACUCGUUUCGUACGAUACCGUCCAUACCGCUCGAUGGAAGGCCGAGUAUCUCAUGAGCAGGAAUCUCGGAGGUGCCGUCUUCUGGGAAGCCUCAGGUGACAGGGCUGGAGAAGACAGCUUGAUCUUGACGAUGGCUAGAGAAAUGGGCGACUUGGAUGAUUCAAGCAACAUGCUUGACUACCCUGAGAGCUCGUUUGCCAACAUUAAAGGUGCAGCCUAUUGA